AUGAAUGAGAUAGAAAAUACGGAUCCAAUUUUGGACGAUGAACUUGCAUCUAAAUAUGAGAAGGAGAUGAGUACAGAACAAGAAGAUGAUGGGCCCAUAAUCCUCACACAGUUGAAUGAAGACGGCACCACUUCGAAUUACUUUGACAAAAGGAAACUAAAAAUUGCUCCUAGAUCAACAUUACAGUUCAAGGUUGGGCCUCCAUUUGAAUUGGUGAGAGACUACUGUUCAGUCGUGGAAUCUCAGACUGGAAAUGCAUUAGAUUUGCGAAUUAUUCCAAGAAUUGACCGGGGAUUCGAUCACAUUGACGAUGAAUGGGUAGGUUAUAAGAGAAACUACUUUACCUUGGUAUCUACGUUUGAAACAACAAAUUGUGAUUUGGAUACAUUUCUGAAGAGCACCUUUAAUCUGCAGCUUCAAGAUUCUUCGCUAGAAAGUCAAUUGAGAGUGCAAUAUUUUGCUAUCAAGAUAAGAGCUAAGAACGAUGACGAUGAAACAGAAAUUAAUCUUGUUCAACACACAGCAAAACGAGACAAAGGUCCGCAAUUUUGUCCUUCGGUAUGUCCUUUGGUGCCCUCUCCUCUACCAAAACAUCAAAUUAUAAGGGAAGCAUCGAAUGUCCGAAAUAUUACAAAAAUGAAAAAAUAUGAUUCUACAUUUUAUUUGCACAGGGAUCAGGUCAAUUUUGAAGAAUACGGAGUGAAUUCUUUACUGUUUUCAUAUCCUGAAGAUUCUAUUCAAAAAGUUGCCCGCUAUGAAAGGGUUCAAUUUGCUUCAUCAAUCAGCGUGAAGAAACCAUCCCAACAGAACAAGCAUUUCAGUUUGCAUGUAAUUUUAGGAGCGGUUGUAGAUCCAGAUACCUUCCAUGGUGUAAAUCCUGGAAUUCCUUACGAUGAACUGGCUUUAAAAAAUGGAUCAAAGGGAAUAUUUGUGUAUUUGCAGGAAAUGAAAACACCGCCUCUCAUUAUCAGGGGAAGAUCUCCUUCCAAUUAUGCAUCAUCUCAGCGAAUAACCGUUAGAACUCCGUCGAGUGUAAGUUCUUCUCAAAACAAUACUAAAAGGAAAAUGCAAUCAUCAACGCCGCAACCACUGAAAGAAAGCUGCUUAAACGCAAGACCUGCGAAGAGGCGGUCGAAAGUGACAUUAGAUGCAUCGAAUUCCGGUAUGUCUAUCUCGCCUAUCAAAUCCCGACAAUCAACUCCAAUGGAAGCCCUGAAGGAAAAUGAGGAUCCAUUUAUCAGGCCGAGGAAAAGAGUAGAGACUCUGGAACAUAUUGAAAACAAGUUGGGCGCCUUGAAAAACCCAUGCCUGGAUUCCUCUUUGAAAUAUCCAAGCUCAUCUUCUAGAGGCGUAGAAGGUGCGCUAGAAAAUGAAGAUUUAGCUUAUUCAAGUAGUUUUUCUGUUAAUAUGAAGCAAAUUGAACUAAAACCAGCACACAUUUUUGAACAUGAAAAUGUUUUCAAGGUGGGCUCAUUAGCUUUCAAAAAAAUCAGUGAUUUGCCACAUCAAAGAUAUGAUAUCUCGAGAGAGAAAAAAUUUAUUGAGCAAAAUUAUUCCAGGGCAGAAUUAUGUUCACGGUCCGAAUGCAAAACUAGUUAUGGAAAUGAACUUUCCCUUCCAAAUAUCUCUUUUUCCAUAUUACCUAACUCAGCGGAAAAUUUCCAUCUUGAAACUGCACUUCUUUCGGCGAUGGAAGAAGAGGUACCAAGGACAUUUUCAAGAAUAUUAGAAACUGGUUCUUUUCAAAAUUACUAUCAGAAAAUGGAAGCAGAAAACGUAGAUCGAUUAUAUUCUAAGGGUGUUCGGUUAGUGGCAAGUGGUACUUUACCAUCUGGUAUAUUUACUAGGGAAGAGUUAUUUGAAGAAGAUAGUUUCUAUAAGCAUUAA